AUGGAAACGCGCACGCCCAGGCGCGAGGCGGCGGCGGCCGGCGAGGCGCCCGGCAGGUGGGUGCCGAGCCGGCCGCCGCCACCUGCCACCGACUGUGUCGUGAGGAGCCUGUCGCGGAGGCGGAGGCGGAGGCGGAGGCGGAGGCGGACGUCUCGCCGGGACAUGCGCGCCGGCAGCGGAGCCGGGAGUGUUCGGGGCUGUGUUUGUUUUCGUCGCCCCAAGUUUACCGCUGCGGGGGGACUGGGGGGGCAGCAGGCUGUCGCGCACAGACUCGGCCGCCGGAGCGCGGCGGCGCUGAGGUGGGGCGGGGCUGCGGGCGGCUCUCGUCUCCGUCUCCGUCUCGGUCUCGGUCUCGGUCCCCCUCCGGUCCUGUCCGAGAAAGUGGCGGGAGUGGCCUCCGGGGGCAGUGCGCUCGUGUUGCCGCCUCCGAGCCUCAACGGAGAGCGACCUGGCCGCCACACCGUCCCUCAGUCCUUCAGUGCGGGGCAGACCCGGUCGAGUGAAUGCGGGUGUUCCGAGGGGCCCGGCACGGCUCCCGGAGCCGCCAGCACCGUCCGGAGCUCGCCGUGCGCCCGCCGCCGCCCGCGCAUCUGUCUGUCUGUCUGUGACUCAACAGUGCACCGCUCUGCUCUGGCCCUGGGCGCUCCUCGGGAUCGAACUUGGGACCUUGGUCUCUCCGCCAUGAGAGCCUCUCAGCACAACCGUAAUGCCGUCCGCCCUGAGCCUUCCCGCGGCACCCCAGGACAUACAAAGUCUCGUUCGUCCCCGAAGCCGACACAGAGCGAACGGGGCGACUGGGUGUCGGGGAUGAAGGCGGCAGGAGAGCCGAGGGGGCGCCGGGUCCUGAAGCACCUGGGGCUGGUGAAGGGCGACAGUGCCGGAGGGCAGCCCGGCGGGGAAGUCUCGGUUCCGGUUCCGGCGCCGCAGUGGAGCAGGGAUGCAGGCGUCUCUUUCUUUCCUUUUUUUUUUUUCCCCUCUACUGGGGGAUUAGUGGUUUUCAGUCCACAGUGAAAUACAAUAGCCUGUACGUGUGUAACAAUCCAACCCCCACUGGGUCCUCCUCUGCCAUCCUGUUCCAGGACCUGAACUCUCCUUCCCCACCCCAGAGUCUUUUACUUUGGUGCAAUACACCAACUCGAGUCCUGAGAGUGAGAUCAUCCCAUAUUCAUCCUUCUGCUUCUGACUUAUUUCACUUCACAUGAUGCCUUCAAGCUCCAUCCAGAAUGGAGAGAAGAAGGUGAAAUCACUAUUUUAACAAAUAUUUUUAA